AUGGCUGACGAGGAUAUUCAGCCUAUUGUAUGCGACAAUGGCACUGGAAUGGUCAAGGCCGGUUUUGCUGGUGAUGAUGCACCAAGAGCUGUCUUCCCCAGCAUUAUUGGAAGACCACGUCAUACCGGUGUCAUGGUUGGCAUGGGCCAAAAGGAUGCCUAUGUAGGUGAUGAGGCUCAGGCCAAGAGAGGCAUCCUGACACUGAAGUACCCGAUUGAGCAUGGCAUUGUCAACAACUGGGAUGACAUGGAGAAAAUCUGGCAUCACACCUUCUACAACGAGCUCCGUGUUGCGCCUGAAGAUCACCCUGUACUGCUGACCGAGGCCCCUCUCAACCCCAAGGCCAACAGAGAGAAAAUGACACAGAUUAUGUUUGAAACCUUUGAAUGCCCAGCAAUGUAUGUUGCUAUCCAGGCUGUUCUUUCCUUGUAUGCUAGUGGGCGAACAACCGGUAUUGUGAUGGACUCUGGUGAUGGUGUGAGCCACACAGUUCCAAUCUAUGAAGGAUACACACUUCCUCAUGCUAUUCUCCGUUUGGAUCUUGCGGGGCGUGACCUCACCGACCACCUAAUGAAGAUCCUCACAGAGAGAGGGUACUCCCUCACUACGAGCGCUGAGCGGGAAAUUGUCAGGGACAUAAAGGAGAAGCUCGCCUAUGUUGCCCUUGAUUAUGAACAGGAGCUGGAAACUGCCAGGAGCAGCUCCUCUGUUGAGAAGAGCUACGAGAUGCCUGAUGGUCAGGUAAUCACCAUUGGGUCAGAAAGGUUCAGGUGCCCCGAGGUGCUGUUCCAGCCAUCUCUUGUUGGUAUGGAAUCGCCUGGCGUACAUGAAGCCACAUACAACUCCAUCAUGAAGUGCGAUGUUGAUAUAAGGAAGGAUUUGUAUGGUAAUGUUGUCCUCAGUGGAGGAUCUACCAUGUUCCCUGGGAUUGCCGAUCGUAUGAACAAGGAGAUCACGUCCCUGGCCCCUAGUAGCAUGAAGGUUAAAGUGAUUGCACCACCUGAAAGGAAGUACAGUGUCUGGAUUGGUGGCUCUAUUUUGGCUUCUCUCAGCACUUUUCAGCAGAUGUGGAUCUCCAAGGGAGAGUAUGAUGAAACCGGUCCAGGCAUUGUCCACAUGAAGUGCUUCUAA